UUUAUGAUCUGUUCUUUAUUUGGAAGUAUACAGAAACAAAAAGAUUCAAUGGCAUUCGCAUUGUACAGCAGUAAUUGGACCGAAAUGGACAUGAAAUGUAAAAAAUUGAUAUUAUUGACAAUGAAGUUAAAUAAUACUAACCACAAAAAAUGGAAAUUUACCAGAACCAAAAUUGUAGACUUGAAAAUGUUUUUUAUAACAGUGGGUGAUUGCUGCACAGUUAUAUCGGUUUUAGUAAAUUAUAUACAACAAAAUGUUGAAUGA